UUGAACACAAUAGCAGUCAGUGCCACAUCAUGAGCUCUCAGUUUUCCCCUAACCCCAUGUAUAAUGUUGUAUCAUCUGUUAGUAGCUAUGGGUCUCGCUAUGGCCGCUAGCAAUACCGGUUCGCCACUACGUCUACCUGUAUUGCGUGCUACCUAUCAAUCUGGCGCGCAAGAAGGUGAAGGACGCACAGGUACAUCAACUACCCUGGCAGUAGUUUUACCAUCCUGCUUAAUGUCUUCCCUCGUCUCUCUACAUUGUUACGACUCAUCCGACGUAACCCGCGUAGUUCCACCCUCCUGAGGCACAAGAAUCCGAAAUCGAAAAACGAAAAGCGUUCCAAAUGUGGUACUUUUUCGCUAUCCUGGUGAACGGUAUCUGGGAGGACCCCGCGGUCGCGGAUCACGACCCGGUUUUCGCCCGUUUUGACCUCAUUUCCAAAAAGGCUGGCUUUCAUACCCGCCGGGUUUCCCGGUACUUGACGUGGCGGUACUCGUAUUUAUGCUGCGUGCCGCUGUUCAUCAUUCUCAAGUGCAUCCUGGAUUUCUACUCCGUCGCGCGCGAGGGCGACAGCCUCGCGCAGAUGCUUUCCGACGCUUUACCAAAGGCGACAGAAGGUUCCGGGCCCGCGAGCUUCGGGGCCAAGAUUGCGGAAAACAUGCAAGCGUUUUUCACCGCAUUGAGCGUGGACAACUGGAUCUGGGCGGGGUUAAGCGUAAACACCUUCUUGAGCUUCACUAUUGGGACGAUUUUGACUUUCGCGCCCAGCUGCUGCUUGGCGGACUACGAAUAUGUGGAGUUGGAUGACCAAGGUUUCCCAGUACAGCAACAACUUGGAGAUGACCAGGUCGUGGCCCUCUCGUCCCCGGCGGAAGCAAGAACUUCUACACCAGACGGAGCGGAUCGAGAUCGUGCCUCUGUGCGGAAAAAGAGUUUGAACAAGCUCCCGGGGGCGGUGAACUUCAGCAGUAGUGGUAAGAAUUCGCAAGUUAUGACUGCUUCUGGUGCAGGUCGCGCUAGUAAGAAGAAGAACGAAUCCGAAGAACAAUCGUACGACCUGAGUCUGCUCACGCGGCCCAAAUCGCUCGAAGAAAUAGAAGACGCGCAGCAGGAAGCAAAAUUGCAGGAGUUGCUUACCAAGGCAGCGGCCUCUUCGGAAGAUCAUUCGGGUGGUGAAAACAAGGACUCGAGUAAGUCGAAGUUGAAGAAAAAAAUCAAGAAAAGCAAGUCAAAAGCGUUGAAAAAGAAAUCGAAUUCUUCAACUACAGGUCAACAAGAUGAAGACCAUCCUACAGCGCGCCCCCCGACACAAGCCGGAGUAGAUUCGGAGGACAAAUUUCACCUGUUCUACAACGACAACGAAAGCCCCCGGUCGGCCGGGGAUCAUAUCUCCUCGGAAAGCAGCAGCAGCAGUGAUGACGACGAGGAUUUUUACCGUGGGGCAAUUACCAGCACACGAAGCGCCGCCGGUGGGGUGAACGCCAGUGCUUUGCGGUCCGCAGCGCCGGGAUCCACCAUGAUGUCGAUGGCCUCGCGAGGGCCGGGUGGGAUCGGUUCGAUGCGAGCCGGACCCGGAGGCGCAAGUGCCCGCGGUGCAAACUACACGACGCCGCACUUGAGUCUGCUGCGCUCAGGAGGUGGGGGGCUAGCACCGGGAGAGCUGAUUUCCAUCACCGCAAUGGAAGAACAAGAGACUUCUCCUGAGGCAGGGGGAGCUAACGGCGCCAACGACAGUCUGCUCCCAGUCGGCGCAGGAGCGCGGGGAAACACGGUUGAUCACCUAGUACCCGCAGACGGGAACUACAACCAUGAGGUUUCGGAGCAAGAGAUUGCGUACCGAACUUCGCUGAUCAAGCUGCUCCAAAUUUCGCAGGUGUUCAUCUGGACCUCGUGGGGGAUGCAGAUUACCUUUCCGUUUUUGUUGUACAUCUUGGUCCCGUUUCGCACUUGGAUCGACGUGAACGGGCUGAACGAGGUGCUGUGCGAAGUCGGCACGGGGACGCUCUUCGCUUCUCCGGUGUUUAUGAGCUCAAACAUCAACGCGACUCUAGUUUUAGCGGAGGAAAAAGGGUUUUUCGACGUGGACCGAACAAAAAUGGUCAUGAAAAACACGAACCCACCGAGGUUUGACCUGCUGGGGACGGAACGGAAAAGAAAUACUGGGGAAGAUAAAGAGAAUGACAGUGAAGAAACUACGAGUGCUCCUGUCGAUCUGCUGGAACAAACGUGGCGGCAGGAAAGCCAGGCCGAGUGGUGUGUGCACCACAAAAGCCGGUGGAUGGACCAUUUAGACGGCGUAGAAACAGACUGCGCGUUGUCCCUCGCUGCAACCUGCAUUGCGGAACUGUGCAUCAAGGGAAGUAGUCCUGUCACAACUGCUCCUGGAAGUAGUGCUGCUGCUGCUCCCGGAGCUGCAACUUCUUCACCAAGUACAACUUCCAAUCCACUCGCCUCCCCCUUUGGCGCUUUCUUCGACGGGGCGGUUUUGGGGGACAUGCUCCCCGGAGAGGCAUCCUCCGACACCGGCCACUGCUUCGCCAGCAGAGAAGCGUGUUUGGAUUACAGCAACCCGGCUAUCUUCGAAGCCGGCAUGGCCUACAUGGAGACUUGCGCGAAACUGGCGUACGCCGAAAGGAUGAAGGAAGGCGAAGGCGAACAAGAAACGGAAAACGAAAACGAUCCCGGUGAAGCUCCCGAAACUACAGGAGCGGUCGUUCACGCCCAUGAUCAUCCAAAUGGGACACGUGAGUCACAACCAAUACCCUCCCAAGAUUUCUCAGCCGAUCCGCCCCCGUUUGGAAUGGAACACGUCUUCGAGGACGCGCUGCGGGCCAGUCAAUACGUUGGCAGCUCUGAAGUAGACCCAAACGAUCCAAAUGAGCGACUACACCAUUUUGCAACACCUGCAGAAGGUGUAGCAUUCUUCCCGAGCAGCAGCUCAAAUGCCGCGGCAGCAUCUCCUUCCGCAGCUUCGAUAGAAUCCACCGCUACCAUUGCGAACCUGCAACUGAUCCCCGUGUGGAUGCUGCCCGCGCACGCGGUGAGCCGCAAAGCGACGGACGCCGCGGCGCUGGCUUUCACAGAGUCCUUGAGGAAGAGUAACUACAGCAGCUAUUUCACGGAAGCGGAUAAGCAGAUGGACACGCUGUUGGCAAACAUGCGAAUGUACAAUAACGAGGAAAACUACAACCCGGAUAUGUCGGAAGAUCAAGAUGGCUCUAGUACUGAGAUGAAGUUGAGAAAUGCAACGGAAUUGUACGAAGCUCAACUGCGCACCUUGGAGCAGCAAAUCGUUGACGCUGCGGCGGAAAAGGCGAAAUCACUCGUCGACAUGUUGAAAGAAAAAUUCCUCGCCAUGGAGGACAUCGAGCGGGGGCGAAUGGAGAUUGGUGGCGGCACGGCGCCGGAGAUCAUGGGCAUGACUUCUGCUGCGCAGGAAAUAAAAAAGUCCGGUCUUCUAGUAACGCCCUCGCCGACCACAGUAGAAGAAACUUCAGGAGCAGACCACGACUUUUACAUUCCGUUUGGCAACUUUCCGGAGAGUAGCAACGUGAUGAAUAUCUCCGAUUCUGCUUCACACGUUAUUCGCAGUAAACAUAGUACAGCGAAGAUCACGCCGUCAAGUCCAAGUGCAAGCAAUCAUGAUGAAGGCUCCACGACCAGCUUAACUGCUCUUGAUGCCCCUGACGCAGAUGACGAACCACUUCAUCAGGAGGCUCAGGGAGGUACUAUUACUAUCGAGGAGGCUACUAGCUUUCUGCACCGCGGCCGCCGAGAGGAUCUGCGACCAGGAGGGGAGCACUAUCUCGAAACUGAUCCUGGUCUGAGCCACGCAUCUAGUUCUACUCUACUGCGGGGACCGCAGUCUCCACGUCAGUACUUUAACCUUCGCGGGGGUCGCAGUCGCGGAAAAUUUGUGCAACAGAGCAGCUCCUUGUCCAUCUCGCCCGAUACCAGUGAAGGUAGGCGCGGCGGUUUGUUGCUGCGAAGGAGUAGGAGAAAUUACCACGAUGGCCAUGGCCAUCUUCCGAUCACGAGCACGACCGUGAAUGGAUACGCGGGCACUACUAGUGCCAGCGGAUCUUCGACAAUUGCGGCAGCUGAGACAAGUGCCUUCACCUCCCUGGGAGCACACCAAGUAGACGGAGCCGAAGUGCUUCAACAUUCGUCAGGGGCAAGAAAAACAGUAGCUAAUACCCUCUUCUUGCAGGACCAGGAGGUGCAGCUGGGCCAUGCCCCGGGUGGACCGCUGACAAGUCAUGUGGUUUCUGGACAAGAUUACACGACGAAGACUGCGCAAGCGCACGACGUUGGAGCAGGACCAGUGCGGCAGCAGAAAAUGCUUCUUUUUCCAAAGCAUUACGCACCUCCAGGUGCAAGUGCUGGAGUUACUGGGCCACGAUUUGAGGAGAAAAUCAUUCUAAGACACGGCGCGCCGUCUGUCGAUCUGAACAGACGUGGAGGUGGAGCACAGUCACAGAAUGUUGCAGCAGCAGCCCCGCCCACCUUUUCCUACUUGGAUUACAUGACAGAGAAGAGAGCGUACGCGAAAAGGGAAAUGGAGAAUAUGUACCACCUGAUGCAGAUCCAGAUCCGGCAGCUAAAAUCCGCGAUGCUCUGGACCCUCGCUCGAUCGGACGACAGCAUCGCGAUGGCUUUGUCCUUGAUGGUGGCGGGCACGACGUUUUUCUCGUUAAUCCCCAUCGCCGUCCCCCUCGCAAACGGUUUGGCGGAGGCUUUGCUGAACCAGAAAGCCAUGUUUCCGGGCAGUCAACACGGAUCGUGGGUUUUGAUGCUGUGCGUUUUGAUUUCCGUCCCGCUCUACGCCUCCGGACUGGCGUUACUGCAACAGUUUAUCGGCGGCGAUUGGGUAUUGACCGCGGUCUUGCUGCUGAUUCUCAUUUGGUUUCUCUUAGGUGCUGUCACGGCAGUGAAACUCCAAAAAACGAGAUUUGACGAGGGCGACGACAAGGAACGGUGGAAGAUGUACAUUAUCAUCUGGUUUGACUACGGCGCGCGAGCGGUAGUCAUCAUCCUGAUUGUGUCGCUCGGUUUCUGGUGGGCGGUCCGCGCGGUGCCCGAGGACGUGGAAAUUGACGUGGCGGGCAUGGUGUUCGGGAAUCUGACCUUCACGAAAGUGUUGUCGCUGAUCUGUGACUUCAUGGUGAAAAAGAUCCAGACGGCGAUAGCCGCGACGGACCUGAUGGUUUACGCGUAUUGUAAAACCGAACUGUGGGAGAUGAUGCAUUUUGCCGCCGGGUCGGAAAGAUUUUCCCGGAAAUUGUGGAAAAGAGAAGUCAGGGAAGUCGCGACGCUCAUGAAGGUGCCCGCGCCCUCGGCGGAAGACUUGGGGAUCGCGGGGUUUAUGGGCCCGGUAGAGCAUUUGCAACAUCACCACCAUAACCACGAUCACAACCAGAGCAGUAGUCCUGGUGUAGUUGCAGGUGGAGUUGCACCUGGUACUACUCGUGGUGGUGGGGAAACACCGAAUAAGCCAUCUGAGACUGUUGUUCACCAUCAUCAUCACUACUAUACGACGACGACGACGACUACAAGUGGAAACGAGGAGGACAAUAUUGGGCGAGAAGGAAAAACCACAUCAAAACUAGAAAAGGUUAAGGUGUUGUCAACUACCAAGGCAGCCUCGUUUGAUUUGCAGCCGGUGACAUCGAGUACAGGCUGAAGAAAACUGUAAGUACGAUAGCAAAGAUUAACAAGGUAAGCUCGUGAAUCUGAAUAUGCAUACAUUUAUUUCAGAGUCGCUGCUGCUGCCUCGUCUUGUUGAGCUUUUGCUUUUCUCUGAAAACAGUUUUUGUCGAUUGUCCAUUCCGAUCAUGCGGGUCUGUAU